AUGCCCAAGCUAAAAUCGAAAAAAGUACCCGAGGACUAUGACAAGGUCAAGCCCACCAUCGAUAGACUCCAAGAAAAACUCAAAGAAGCCCAGCGCAAGUCCAUGAAAACUGAAUCCAAGCAGACCUCUCUAUGGCCCAUACUAAAGCUUAACCAUCAGAUAAGCAGAUAUGUGUACAGCAUGUACUACGAAAGAAAACUCAUAUCUAAGGAACUCUACGACUACUUGCUCCGACAGAAAUACGUGAAUGCCGACUUGAUCGCCAAAUGGAAGAAACAGGGCUACGAGCGGUUAUGCUGCGUCAAUUGUAUUAUAGCCAAAGAAAAGAACCAUGGCAGCACAUGUAUAUGUCGUGUUCCACGGCACGAGCUCAACGAGGAGCAGCAACAGACCGAGGGGUGUAUCGCUUGCGGAUGUCAAGGAUGUGCCAGCACAGACAAGGAAUAA